AUGCAGUUCAAGCAGUUCGUCAUCCUCGCCACUGCCUUUGCGCCCAUGGCGGCCCUGCUCGCUGGCACGGUGCCCGUGGACGUCAAACGCCGUGACACCCCAUCAGGAAAAUACUCCCCUGGGAAUUAUCCUCAAUUGUCCAAGAUUCCUAGUAACGGACAGAACACACACGAAUAUGAAGGUAUUCAUAGCUAUUACAGAUAG